AUGUCUUUAGUGAAAAGACAAAAAGUCGAAGAGGAAAACCAUGACGAUACAUCGUAUGAAGCACUUGUAUUUGAAGGCCAUGAAGGUCCGGUUAUCACUGCUAAAUUCAGUGGAGACGGGAAAUUCGUAGCAUCUGGUGGUUUGGAUAGACAAAUACUUCUUUGGGUUCUUCCCAAUGAAGCGAUAGAAACAGAAACAGAAGCCAGUAUUGGUUCAAUUUCUGGUCAUAAGAACGGUAUAACUUCUUUAAUGUGGUCCUCUGAUGACUCUCAUUUAUAUUCUUCGAGUGCAGAUUCCACAUUAGCCUUAUGGGAUCUAGAAACGGGCAAAAAACUACUAAAAUUUCAGGGUCACAAAAGCAUCGUGAAUCAACUAGACCUUGAUUCACAAAUGGCCAGCGUUGGAGAUGAUGGUAAAUGUUUGAUAUGGGAUCCAAGAUCAAAACACCCAGUUGCUUCAAUUGAGACAAAUUAUCCGCUCACUUCCGUUGUGGUAGCUGAUAACAGAGUAUAUUUUUCAGGAAUAGACCCCACAAUUCAUGCUUACGAUUUGAGAGACACAGAAAAAUCAUUAUGGGAGGAAACGGUCCAUAAAGACACGGUGACCUCCCUCUCUCUAAAUGAGAGCACUCUAUUUUCUUCAUCCCAAGAUGGUACGCUUCGAUCGUAUGAUGCGCAGGCAUUUGUAGCUCAAGGAAUAUCACGAGUUAAACCAGAGAUAUACGCCGAUCUGGAUACUGGAACCGAGAACUUUCUUCUUAGAAGUACUGUUAAUAGAGCCGGGGAUAGAUUAUUCUGUGGUUCCGCUGACAAAACUGUUACCGUCUGGGAUGUUCAUUCUGCCAGAAUUGUUUCCAAAUUGGCCAGUCAAUCUGGCACUAUCAUAGAUGUUGAUUUACAUCCAACAGAAAAUAUCCUACUUUCCACUUCUGUUGAUGGCACCAUAUUAAUCAGGGAGUAUUAG